CCAAUUGGACAUCAACUCACUUAAUGCUUCCAUCCACAAGAUGAACAUCACAUGGGAUUCAUCUCAUCAAUCAUGUCCCACAUCCCUCUCCUCCCUGUACAAAAUGACCAAUCCACCAGCCUUCUUUCUCACACCCUUCUGCACACCGGCCUAGCGAUCUCCAUAAGCCUCUCUCUCUCUCUCUCUCUCUCUGCGCUUGCAGUUUGACCCUUCAAUGGGGUUCCCAUUUGGCUACCCCGAGCUCCCGAGGCUCCUCAUCCACCUGCUCUUCCUCUUACUCCACCUGAGAAGGCUUAUCAACCUGGUCUUCCACUCUCUUGGCCUCAGCAGCCUCCUGGGGUCCGAAGCCCAGUGGAAUGACUCAGACAUCCACAGCUACCACCACCAAACAAGUCUUUACUCGCUUCCGGCCAAGUUGAUCCAGGAGAGCUUGCCAGUCGUCCAGUUCGAGGACCUACUCGCCGCGCAUCGCGGCCGCCACUGCUUUCCCGAGAGCUGCGCCGUGUGCCUCUAUGAGCUUGAGGGCGCCGACGAGGUCCGGCUGAUGAGCAAUUGCCGCCACGUCUUCCACCGGCGGUGCGUCGACCGGUGGUUGGAUCACGGACAGUGCACCUGCCCCAUGUGCCGAGCUCCCUUCUUCCCCGAGGAGGUCGGCUUUUCUGACGCCUCUUUCUCAUAUGACGAAGACCGCCACUACAUCAACUACUAACUGCCGCCGGCGUCUGGGCUGCGUCUGGAGUUGCCUUCCUCCUAGCGAAGUGGCUAACAGUGUACAAAGGUGUUGCAAAUGAUGCGAACACAGGUUUGAAUGCAAUAAGACAGGAAAAACCAUAUAUGCCUCGUUCUCUUGCUUGUGCAGUCAGAGAGUCGUAAUGGAUAUGGAUCUUCUAGGUUGGUAAAUUAUGCAAAAACUAAGUGCUAAGUCGAGUAUGAAUGCAGUAAUAUCCUAAGCUAUAAACAUACUUGAAAGUA